AUGACGUUCUACCAACUAUUAUCUCCCCUCACUUUUCCAAGCUCUGGAUUUGACUUGACUGAUGUCUCUGAAAAGAUUGAGGAAGAAUCCCCUCCGACGUAUAAAGCAGAGAAGUAUUACCCGGCUCGAAUAGGCGAAAUUUUCAACGACAGGUAUCAAAUCGUUGGGAGACUAGGAUACGGAGUGACAUCGACUUUAUGGCUCUGUCUCCGGAAUAAGUCAAAUAUGCUAAGUUCACUUUCACGUGAGCCCCGACAUGUCGCACUAAAGCUUUGUGUUUCUUACUCAAACCCGAACCAUGAGAUUAGAAUCUACAGUCAUCCCAAUUCCGUUCAAUCUCAAUCUGACCAUCCCGGCAAAAAUCUCUUUCGAAAACUAUACGACUCAUUCGAAGUGAUUGGCCCAGAUGGCACUCACGUAUGCUCGACCUUCGGCCUACCGGGACUCUCGCUAUACUCCCUCGAACGGCUUGCAGAAGAUUUCGAGGUAGAAAACAAAAAGGGAUAUCUGGAGUUUCUUCAAGGGAUUCUACGCUGGUUGCCUGAGGAAAGGCCGACUGCGGAAGAGCUCCUAUUUGACCCCUGGUUGAUGGAGGGGCUUAGAAUAAGGGGAAACUACCUAGCGCAAGAAAUUCUCUUUCCGAGCAGAAGUCGGGAUCUCGCCCUCGAAAAUGACAAAACCCGAUUCCUCAGCCGCUCAAUCUACGAUCAGGCUAAUGACGACGAUGCCGUAGCGGGAGUUUUAGUAAUCGGUCCUGGCAUUAUCCCGUAA